AUGACCUUGGCCUGGGAUCCGUGGUCCCCUCUCCUCGCUGCGGCCUUCUUCGGCGGAGGUGAUGCUCCUGUCGCUGUCCCCUGCCGGCUCUACCAGGACAAGGAUAUGCAGAAGUUCUGGGGGCACAUGGCCGGUGCUGACAGGCACACCACAAGCAGCCCGCGGUUUCCGCAGAGUAAUGGAGAAGCAGAACGGGAUGUCCAGACCUUGAAAUACCUCCUGCAGAAGACCCUUAGAGUUCCUGUUGAGAAGCAAAUGGCUAUGGCUAACAAGCGGCUGCUAUGGCUGACCCUGUCUGCCAUCGUAGCUUCUUGGCACAGCGAGGCAAAGUCUGCUGUGAACACAUUCUCCUCCGUCUCCCAGAUUCCUGAGAAAAUAACAGGUGUCAGUCCCCUCCACAAUGGUCAGGUUUGCAGUACAUGGGGCAACUUCCACUUCAAGACCUUUGAUGGGGACGUUUUCCAGUUGGACUCCACCUGCAACUACAUACUUACCUCUUCAUGCAAGGACAGUUACAAGGAAUUCAACAUCCAGAUAAGAAGACAGAAGGCUGCCGGCCAUCCCACCAUCAAAAACAUCAUUAUGAAGCUGGAGGGUUCAGUGGUGGAGCUCUCCAGAGGCUCAGUGAUCAUUAAUGGCAAAUCAGCUAUCCUACCAUUCAGUCAAGCAGGAGUGCUUGUCGAGAAGACUCCCACCUACAUUAAAAUCAAAGCAAAGCUUGGAUUAGUUGCUAUUUGGAAUGAGGAUGACUCUUUUCUGGUGGAGCUAGACCUGAAGUACAAGAACCAAACUUGUGGUCUUUGUGGAGAUUUUAAUGGAGUCCAGCUCUACAAUGAGUUCUACAGCCAUGGUGUGAAAAUAUCUCCUGCUGAUUUCGCUAACUUCUGGAAAAUGGAUGGUCCCACUGAAAGCUGCUCUGACUACACACUGGAAUCAGCAGAAAGCUGCAACGCUAUGAAACCCCUGUGUGAGCAGAUCCUUACAGGGCCAGCUUUCAGCAGCUGUCAUAGUCUGCUGGAUGUUGCCUCCUUCACUUCAGCCUGUGUUGCAGACCUCUGCCACUGCGGCAAUGGCAAAGAACACACAGACCCCUUCUGCCUUUGCAACACCGUGUCUGAGUUCUCCAGACAGUGUGUCCAUGCUGGUGGCAAGCCCAAAAACUGGCGAACCAAAGAGCUCUGCUGGAAGUCAUGUCCUGACAAAAUGGAGUACAAUGAGUGUGGUAGUCCCUGUGCUGAUACCUGCUCCAACCCAGAGGCCAGCCACACCUGCGACAACCACUGUAUUGAUGGAUGUUUCUGCCCUGCAGGAACGGUGCUGGAUGAUUUGAAUAAAAGUGGCUGUGUCCAACUGAGUGAGUGCUCCUGCAACUACAACAGCAAGAUCUAUGGACCUGGAGAGUCCUACUCCAGUAACUGCAAAACAUGUGUGUGCAAGAGUGGCCAGUGGAAGUGUGUGGAGGAGAAAUGUCCAGCAACCUGCUCUGUGGAGGGAGGAGCUCACGUCAACACCUUUGAUGGAAAAGCCUACACCUUUCAUGGGGACUGCUCCUACGUUCUGGCGAAGGACUGCAAUGGAAACCAGUUUGUGGUACUGGGAGACCUAGUGCAGUGUGGACUGACUGAGACUGAAACCUGCCUCAAGUCCAUAACCUUGGGUCUGUCUGGAGGGGCUAAUGUGAUCACCAUCCAGCCCAAUGGAAAGGUGUUUGUGAAUGGCAUUUACGCUCAGUUACCCUUUUCUGCUGCUGGUAUAUCUGCAUUCAGAGGGUCUUCUUUCUACCUGCUGGUCCAGACGUCUGUUGGUGUUCUGUUGGAGGUACAGCUCCAGCCAGUCAUGCAGCUCUACAUCACAGUGACCACUGACUACUAUGGCAAAACCUGUGGUCUGUGUGGAAACCUCAACAGUAACCAGGCUGAUGACUUUCUUAAACUCAGCGGCGUUCCAGACGCCACAGCAGCUGGUUUUGUCAACAGCUGGAAGACACAUGCUGGUUGCCCCGACGUUAAGAACAGCUUUGAGAACCCCUGCAGUCUGAGUCUGGAUAAUGAGAGGUAUGCCCAGCACUGGUGCUCCAUGCUGAGUGACCCUCAGGGAGUGUUCGCCGCCUGUCUCUCAGAGAUCAGCCCGGACUCUUACAAAGAGAACUGCAUGUAUGACAGCUGUAACUGUGAGAAAAGUGAGGACUGCAUGUGCGCUGCAGUCUCCUCCUAUGUCCAUGCCUGUGCAGCUGCAGGAAUCCAGAUUAGCAACUGGAGGGAUACUAUCUGCGGGAAAUAUGCCAGCUCCUGCCCUAGCAACAUGAAUUACUCCUACAACAUCACGUCCAGCAGUCGCACCUGCCGCUGCAUCGGUACCACAGACCUCAGCUGCCACUUCUCCUUCCCACCCAUUGAUGGCUGUAUCUGUGCAGAGGGAACCUAUCUGGAUGACUCUGGGAAGUGUGUCCCACCUACUGCUUGUCCCUGCUAUGACAAAGGCUCUGUGGUGCUUCCUGGACAGGUUGUCAACAAGGAAGGUGUCAUGUGCACCUGUAAGGAGGGCAAACUCAGCUGCAUUGGAGAGUUUAUUGUGCAGCCAUCAGCCUGCACUCCUCCCAUGGUGUUCUUCAACUGCUCUGCUAACGGUCCAGCUGCAAAAGGAACUGAGUGUGAGAAGAGCUGCAACACAUUAGAUAUGGCCUGUGUGACCACGGGGUGCAUCUCCGGCUGCAUGUGCCCAUCUGGGAUGGUAUCUGACGGCAAGGGAGGCUGCAUCAAGCCAGAGGCCUGUCCCUGUGUUCACAACGGCAUCUCCUUCCAGCCUGGACAGACCACCAAGGUGGACUGCAACACCUGCACUUGUAAAGACAGGAAGUGGCAGUGCACUAGCAAUGAGUGUGAUGGAACCUGCUCUGUGUAUGGUGAUGGACACUACAUGACUUUUGAUCAGAAGCGCUUCACCUUUGAUGGCAGCUGUGAAUACAUUCUCACUCAGGACUACUGUGGCAGUGCCCAGAGUAAUGGAACCUUCAGAGUAAUCACUGAGAAUGUUCCAUGUGGAACCACAGGAACCACCUGCUCCAAGACCAUCAAGAUUUUCCUGGGGACUGCAGAACUGAUUCUAACAGAGGGAAGUUACCAGCUGCUUUCAAGUGGAAAUGAAGAAACAGUUCCAUUCCGUUACAGCACUAUGGGCAUCUACCUGGUAAUUGAAGCCAACAAUGGACUCAUUCUCAUGUGGGACAGGAAGACCAGCUUGUUCAUCAAGCUCAACCCAAAAUAUAAGGGUCGUGUUUGUGGGCUGUGUGGCAGCUAUGACGGCAAUGCAAACAAUGACUUCACUACAAGGUGCAAUGCUGUAGUGGUCAACCCGCUGACGUUCGGAAACAGCUGGAAGGAUUUACCAAGCUGCGCCGAUGCUACAAGCAUCACUAGCCCCUGUACAACCAACCCAUACAGACAGAACUGGGCCCAGAAACAGUGCAGCAUUAUACAGAGCGACGUCUUCUCAGCCUGCCACUCCACUGUGGAUCCUGCUCCAUACUAUGAAGCAUGUGUGUUUGAUUCGUGCGCUUGUGACACUGGUGGAGACUGCGAGUGUUUCUGCACUGCUGUGGCUGCUUAUGCUGAAUCCUGUAAUCAAGCUGGCAUCUGUGUACGAUGGAGAACCCCAAAGAUCUGCCCUAUCUUCUGUGAUUACUACAAUCCCCCUGGUGAAUGUGAAUGGCACUACAUGCCAUGUGGAUCUCCUUGUAUGAAAACCUGCAGGAACCCCUCAGGCAGCUGCUCUACACAGAUACCACCUCUCGAAGGUUGCUAUCCAAAAUGUCCACCUGCUAAGCCAUACUUUGAUGAGGAUACGAUGACAUGUGUUUUGAAAGAAGGAUGCGGCUGCUAUGAUAAAGAAGGGAGACACUAUAAUAAUGAUGACAAAGUGCCGACAACUGAAAACUGUCAUACAUGGUAG